CGCCAUCUUACACAGAUAUGGGGGUUUAAACCAACUCAGGAAAACGGACUGUGACGGUUUAUAACGCUGAUUUAUAUUCACGUGGAGCCCCCCUCGGCAGCGUCGGGAUAACGUAAAAAAGCAUGGCUCCAGGCCCAUAUAACAGGAGGUGAAAGCGAGCCGGGAGAGCCUGCACUGGUUGGCCUGGAGCUGACCGGGGGAGGGACAGACUGGGCUGGUUUCUUUUUUUUUUUUUUUUUUCUUAGCAGAAGUUAUUUGUUUAUGUUUUUCCACACGGAUAUGACCUCUUCGAAUCCCGAUUUGACAGACCCAAAUCUGGGUAUGGGGGCAAGUGGGACCCAAGCAAGUGGCGGAGUUGUUGCACCGAAAGGGACCAACAAAAGACGAAUUACGCAAGACUUUGAUGACGAUGAAGGAAGCAAGUUGUUCAGGGGUGAUGAUGAAACAGGAGGCUCCGGCAAUGACAAAGAGCGCUUUGCCAGGGAGAAUCACAGUGAGAUUGAGAGGCGAAGGCGGAACAAGAUGACGGCCUACAUCACAGAAUUGUCAGAAAUGGUGCCCACGUGUAGCGCGCUAGCGCGGAAACCAGACAAGCUAACCAUCUUACGAAUGGCAGUGUCCCAUAUGAAGUCUCUCAGAGGAAGCGGCAAUACCAAUGCAGAUGGAUCAUACAAACCUUCCUUUCUCACCGAUCAGGAGCUGAAGCACCUCAUCCUGGAAGCAGCGGACGGCUUUCUGUUUGUUGUGUCAUGUGAGACUGGCCGCAUAGUUUAUGUCUCCGAUUCUGUGACACCUGUCCUCAACCAGCCCCAGUCCGAAUGGGUUAGCUCGUCUCUCUACGAUCAGCUCCACCCAGAUGACACAGAAAAGCUCAGGGAACAGCUCUCCACUGCGGAGAAUAACAAUACAGGGAGGAUGUUGGACUUGAAGACAGGAACAGUGAAGAAGGAGAGUCAGCAGUCGUCAGCUAGAAUGAGUAUGGGGGCCCGUCGGUCAUUCAUCUGCAGAAUGAGGUGUGGCACUUGCCCAGUAGAACCAAUGUCCAUGAAUAGACUCAACUUUCUUAGGAAUAGAAACAGGCAUGGGUUGGGAACAGCCAAGGAAGGGGAGCCACAGUAUGUAGUUGUCCACUGCACAGGAUACAUCAAGUCUUGGCCCCCCGCAGGAGUGUCGUUAACAGAUGACGAAGCAGACAACAAUCAAGGGAGUCGCUACUGUCUAGUUGCCAUUGGAAGAUUACAGGUGACUUGCUGCCCAGGUGACACAGACCUUAAUAGUAUCAGUGUUCCAGUGGAGUUCAUCUCCCGCCACAACUGCCAGGGCAUGUUCACCUUCGUAGACAGCCGUUCCAUGGCUGCUGUCGGCUAUCAGCCCCAGGAAUUAUUGGGGAAGAGUAUUUUAGAGUUUGCCCACCCUGAGGACCAAAGUCUACUGAGAGACAGCUUCCAGCAGGUGGUGAAACUGAAGGGUCAGGUUUUGUCAGUGAUGUUUCGGUUCCGCUCUAAAUCGAGAGAAUGGAUCUGGAUGAGAACAAGCUCAUUCACUUUCCAGAACCCCUUUUCGGAGGAGAUUGAGUAUAUCAUCUGUACCAAUGUCAAUGUCAAAAACUCCACCCAGGAUCCCCUCACUCCCAUCUCAUCCCCAGGGGCUUCUGUGCCCCCCUCCCUAAGUCAAAGCAGCCCAAAUGGCCAUCCUGUUGUUCUCAGCCCAGGGCAGAUAACCACCAGGCAGUUGCAGCAGCAGCAGCAACAGGCCGACUUGGAAGGAGGGGGAACGAGAGAUGCACUGUAUGACCCCGGAAAUAUCACCCUCCCACAGAUGCCGGUACAGGCAGUGACGGCAGCAGGGCCGGACCAUAGCAAAACCAUAGAGAAGCCAGAACUCUUCCCCCCCAUAUUCCAUGGACAAGAUCAGAGCAAGGGCAUGCCCUCCACCUCGACUCCAUCCACUCAGAUCUAUGCCAACAAUUUUCCCGUUGCCCGUUCCAGUGAUACGUACAGACCGGUCAGUAUGACUCCACAGAUGGCACAGCCUGCUCACUCAGCAGGGCAGAUGCUGGCUCAGAUGUCUCGUCAGAAUGGAGCCCCACAGUCAGUUACCCCCUCGAGCACUAACAGCCCUCUCCAUGGAGGACCAGCAGGAGGGUGGGUUGGGCCUGGAGCUGGAGUCAGACCACAAUUUAAUAACCAGGUGGCGCCGCAGGCAGCAAAGACCAUGUCGCCACAGUUUCCUCUCAUGGGAGGAUUUGGAGGUGGUUCUUCCAACACUUUUGGCCAGAUGCCCACGGGUGCUGCUCCUACCACAAGCAAUGGCACAAACUACCCUCAAAUGAAUGCUCGUGCCAGCCUCAACACCAACGGUUAUGAUGGCUCUCAGUCUGGAGCUCAGUUCCCGUCUCGAGCAGCGGAGGCAGUGUGGCCUCAGUGGCCAGGACAACAGCAUGCUCAGAGUAAUGCAGAGCAGCAUCCUAACGCUCAGGGCAACCAGCAAGACAUGUUUCCAGACGUAUUGUCUAUGUUAGACCAGCCGGCCAACUUCAACAGCGAAGACUUUGAGAUUCCCAUGUACCCAUCAUAUAAUGAGUGACCUGUUCAGUACUCGUCUAUUGGUCUUCCCCUUUCUCUUCGUUCCUGGUUCUGCUCGGCUUUAUCUUCUACGCAGAUCUUCUGUUCUUCCUGCCUGGGAGGGUAGCAUUCUGUACUCGCUUUGAGUGGCUUAAAUUGCAUAACUGCACAUCAGUUAAAGAUGAAGGGAUAUCUUUCUGCAGAUGUAUAGGGGAGGAAAACCAAGAAUUUGCUACUGACUACAAGACCAUUUUCACAAUAUUCCAGCAAUUUGUUAGAGAAUCCUCUAGCUAGCACUGCCCAAAGCUUUAACAACUUCUUUUGUAGAUAUGUGAUAUACAGUAUAUAAGAAAUAUAUAAAUGUUUAAAAACGCACAAUCCAUCACAUAACCACACUUGAAUAAACUACACACAAACACUCUCGCACUCUGGUAAACAUGCGUAGGAAGUAAAAAUACACAAAGGCCUUUUAUUCAAUUCAUCAGUGGAUUCUCUCAGGCAUAUAUUAAUAGAAUAUAAUUUAGUUUUAACCUUCAUCAUGUAGACUAACAAUUCUAGUCAGUGAUUUAAACUUGGGGAAAUAACAGGGAUUUAUAUGUUUAGCAUGCAUGCUAAUCUCAUUCUCAGUUAUAAACCUACAGCAUGCCGCACAGCUGAACUGCUUUCAUGAACUGCAACUACCUUGUGAAGAUUAUAUGGCGUACAAUUGUUAUAUAUACAUGGGUAGCCUCGCCUAUAAAUUGAAUUUUGUUUUUCCUCUUUAGGAAAUUUUCUUUUUUUUUUAUUAUACUUUAUUUUUCUUUGAAUAAUGUACUUCAACAAUAGUUACAGUGGCUACAUACUAUUUUGAAGAUGGCCAUAAUGUAUUUAAAAUAUUUUUCUUUGUCUACAGAGUUAUUUUCAGUAUGCAUGUAUGUAUGUUUGUAAAGUGGAUGCAUACAUAUAAAUGUCAGAGGGUUGCUGCCAUGCCUGAUUUCAUUUUUUUCUUUCACUCUUGUUAUCCUGUAGGUUUGGGCUCCUUUUUAUUAAUCAAAGAAAUCAGAGCAAUAAUUAACAUGCAGGAACUGUGUACUUUAAAGCCAUUUUGACAUUAUGUUUUCCUUGAAUAUUAUAAAUAAGAAUUGACCGAUAUUGUAGUAAUCUUGGAUUUUAAUGGACAUGUUUUCUAAGCAUUUUAUUGGUUGAACCUUGACAUUCGUUGCUCUGUGAUUGGUAUUUUACGGAUUGAUCAGGGUAUUCAGGAUUCAAAUGGAAUGAACCAAGUUGAGAACAAGUGGACCUAUAAGUGGGAAUGUCAACAAAACAUUUUGUCAGUGUUUUCAUCCUCGUUUAUGUUUGUAUGGGGACUAAAUCUUUGCCGACAAGAUCUGUUUUUUUUUUUUUUUUUUAAAUAUAGGUUUGUAUGUUAUUGUGGAAUGAAAGUUAGGGGUUCUGAAAUUUCUCAUUUUUAAAUGUUUGGAUUUUAAAGUUACAGGUCUUAGUUUGCUGUCACACUUAUGUGAAGGCAGAUAAUGUAAUUGUGUGUAACCCAUGUAGAUAACGAUCUGGUUUUCAUCUUCCAGAUGAUGGUGAUUGUGUUGUCUUGUUUGUUGCAGAAAACUUCUAUGAUUGCUCUUUAUCCAUUUUUUUUCACUCAUAGAAACACAAAUAUAUAAAUAUACUGUACAUGUUUAUGAAAUUUUAAACAAGAUAAAGAAAUGUUUGGUUUUUGUAUUAAAUUGUUAUAUUGUCAAGAAUGAAGCAGUUGGACUGUAAUUUGACCCUCACAUUCCUACGGUACAUGGCAGCACUUUGUGGUCUAUCUGUAAUUACAUCCUUAAUCACAAAAUCACUUAUAGCUGCCAUCGAUCAUAGUUGUGUUUAAUGGUGCUCUCAACCAAUCGCACUCAUGCAAGCAGCAUGCAUGUUGCAGUAGCAUCUAUUUAUGUACUCAGGUCUCCAGUGCCUUCUCAUCUGAGGAAACAAAAGCCACCUUUGAUUGGUAUCUGUUGUCUUUCCCCUCUGGGGAUAAGUUAGUGAAUGCUCAGAGAUCUUUGGUUAUCUGCUGGGAUCAGAUUCCGCCAUUGUCCAUCGUUCCUCUCCUCGUCGAACUCCUUCAGCGUGAAACCAGAGGUAAUUAAUGGUAAAAGUGUUCUCCCCUGAAUUCUUCUUUUUCUGUAUUUUAUUUUAACACCAAGAAACCCUGUCCUGACUUUUUUCAUUCAAUAAAUUCACUAUGUCAAUUAGUGUCACCAGAA